AAAUUCAAGUGAAGGCCCGUAACCAAUAAAUAAAAAAAAUAUUAUUUGUCUUCCCGAUCUAAAUUAUUCCUGUAAAAUGUAUAUAUUUUAAAUGAACAAUGUCGAUUGCAACAGUUAUAAGACAAAUAAAUUGGGUUAGGCCUCGAGUACUGAAUGUUUUUAAACCUCGGAAUUUCUGUUCCGGCGAGCCAGCGUCAUCCUCAUCAGGCGAAGAAAAGAAAGGCAUAAUUUUAGGCGUAUACGAAUCAGAAAAUGAAUUGGUAUUAACGAAGGCUGCACAAAAAUUCAACGAUCAUGUAGGAGGAAAAUUACUCGAUUUGAUAAAAAAAGCUGGAAAGACUGUAAAAAGAGGUAACACAAGAAUCUUCAACAAUGUCGAUCGAGAAUUCUGGGCCGUGGCCGUGGUCGGUUUAGGCCCCGAAAAGGCGGGCUAUAACGAAAUGGAAGCCAUUGACGAAGGCAUGGAAAACGUCCGCGUAGCCGCCGGAAUUGGAGCCCAAGUCCUUAGAAAACAAGGAGUGGACAGGAUCAUGGUCGAAGGCAUGGGAUUCCCGGAACAAGCGGCCGAAGGAAGUGCCUUAGCCCUUUGGAGGUACCAAGAAAACAAAAUGCGUGAGAAGCAGAAGAAGACUCCAACGCUAGAACUGUUCGAUGAUCCCGACGGUGAAAGCUUCCAACGCGGUCUCUUCAAAGCGGAGUCCCAGAAUUUGGCCCGGCGUUUGUCUGACACUCCCGCCAAUCAAAUGACUCCUCUGCAUUUCGCCCAGGAAACUGUCAACGAGUUGUGCCCUUGCGGCAUCAAGGUGCAAGUCCACGACAAAGAUUGGAUCGAGCAGAAAAAAUUCAGCGCGUUUUUGACGGUGGCACGAGGGUCGUGCGAGCCGCCAGUGGUAUUGGAAAUCUCGUACUGCGGUGGUCCCAACGACCAGAAACCCAUUCUGUUUUGUGGCAAAGGCAUCACGUUUGACAGCGGUGGGCUCUGUUUGAAGAAAUGCAAAGGAAUGGAUGUGUACAAGGCGGAUAUGUGCGGGGCGGCGGCGAUAAUCUCUGCUAUUCGCGCCGCCUCCGCUUUAAGUUUGCCGCUUAACAUCGAAGCGGUGAUUCCCCUGUGUGAAAAUAUGCCUAGCGGAAUGGCAAUGAAGUGUGGGGAUAUCGUGAUGGGGAUGAACGGCAAGAGUAUCAUGAUAACAGACACUGAUAACGAAGGAAGGUUGAUUUUGGCCGACGCUAUGGUUUACGGACAAGGAAUCUACAAGCCGAGACUAAUCAUCGACGUUGCGAGUCUAACUCCUGGAGUGCGGUCGGCUUUGGGGUCCUCCGCGUCUGGAGUUUUUAGCAACAGUCAAACGAUGUGGUCCCAAGUCCGCAAAGCCGGAGUUAUAACCGGGGAUCGUGUCUGGAGACUCCCUCUAUGGAAGUUCUUCACGAAGAAGGUAACCCGUUUCAAGUCACACGAUGUGAAUAACAAGGGCUUGGGCCAAGGGUCGUCUUGUCUGGGUGCCGCUUUCCUCAACGAAUUUAUCAGUUGCGUCGACUGGAUUCAUUUUGACAUCACCGGAGUUGGAUUUAAGAGCAACCAUAAGGUCACACCGUACUACACUAAAGGGCGGAUGACCGGCCGGCCAACGAGAACAUUGAUUCAGUUACUUUACCAAUUAUCGUGUCCUUCAGAAGGACAACGGGAACUAUAGACUUUUUUGGUGGAUUUUAGAUAUGGGAUAUGACCCACAUGACCUUUAAAAUUUAAAUUGUAAUAAAUACUUAGGGGAAUGUUUUGACUUGAAUCGCAAUCUGGUCAAUUGCUCAAAUACGGUUUUUUUGGCUUUCUUUAUCAUAAAUCCUGAUAAUUUUCUCCCCCUCCCUCUCAAAAAAAUAAAAAUAACAUUCCGAGUUACUCCUAAGUGGUCUAUUACAUUUUUGUAGCCAGUUUUACAAGAAUUUUGAAAUUUGUCGUAUACCAAUUUAUUGUUUAUUUUAUACUCAAAAACUGUCCUAUACUGUACAUUUUGUAUCAAUAAAAUAUAAUGCUUCGA